AUCUUUUAUCCAAACGCUGUCUGCUGUGGCAAAGGCAGGGGGAUUGCUGACAGUCACGUCAGCUCAGUGCUGCUGUCAAGUUUCACUUAGAGUCAUCAAACAGAUCUGGAAAAAACGAGAAGCAGAGUUGUGUGGUGCUGUGAAGUGUUGUCACCUCUCAGUCAAAGCCCUGCCAGCAGGAGCUCAGUGCACUUGUCCCCUGCCCCAGCAGCUGUGCUGCAGCACUCUGCACAGCAGCCCAACCUCGGGCAAAACAGCCCAGAUUGGACUGAGAGGCACCCACAGCACUGUCUGGAGAUGAUGUGCUAAGAAGGAAACACGGAAGCUCACAAAGAAGAUAAUUUUUCUUGAAUGAGAAGGGUGAACAGGAGCGUUGUUUGUCACCUUCAGCCAGAAUGUUGUCUUAUAUCUGCCCGAACUGGGUUCUCCUGCUGCUGCUCACAGGCUCCACAGUAUCAGAAUUAAUUGUGAUAGGAGAGGUUGGUCAGAACAUCACUGUGCCCUGCCACUACAAUGUCUGGAACACAAAUAGCAUCACAUCCAUGUGCUGGGGUCGGGACAGGUGCCCCAAUUCAAAGUGUUCCAAGCCCAUUAUCUGGACAGAUGGCUGGAGGGUGACAGAGCAGCACAGCAGCAGGUACCAGCUGGAAGGGGACCUGCAGAAGGGGGACGUGUCCCUGACGAUCGUGGAUGCCAGGGAAGCAGACUCUGGGACAUACUGCUGCCGUGUGGAGAUCCCAGGGUGGUUCAAUGAUCAAUUGAUUAAUCACAAGGUUGUGGUGAAGAAAGCAAGGAUCUCUACUGCAAGUCCUCACACUUACACCUCUGAACAGACCUCAGCUCCUGGCAGCACCAGUGAAUCCUCCUUCACUGUCACAAGGACCUGGCCAUCUGUUUCUGCUUCAGAAGCUCCUCAGACUGCCUCUACUCCCUGCUCAGGCCCCUCAGACUGCUUGGAUGUGACUGUAAACCUGCAGAACACGUCUGUAUCACUUGCCAGUCAGCAGCACCCAGAACGUGGGCUGUACAUUGGGAUUGGCUUGUGUGCAGCACUUCUGCUCAUCCUGAUUUUGGCUCUGCUCCUCACUAAACAAUAUUUUUACAACACGAAGAAGAUGGUUGGCUCUGCAGGCUUUGUUGCAUUUUGGAGGCCACGAGGUAUGGGGAGCCAUAGUGCCCUGGAAGAUGAGAAUCAUGCAGAGGAAAACGUUUAUAUUGUGCACAACUGCCCAGAGUGCCCCAAGGGGGGCUGCACAGCGCUGAGCACAGCAGGAGAUCCCCCCUUUGGCCAGUUCCUAUCCGGAAGCGUAGGAAAGAAACACUUGCAGCAUGUAAAAUCUGGAAAUGGAGAAAUGAGACUUCACUCAGACUCUGGAAAGGAUAAGAUCUGGUUUCCUUUUCUUCCACUUGCUGCCCUGGUGUCUCCGUCAGCCAGAAUGUCCCAUUUUGUGCUGUUUCACUGGAUGGUGAUACAGAUCUUUAUAGCACACACGGUGUCCGAAGCCGUUGUUAAAGGGACAAUAGGACAGCCUGUGACACUGCCCUGCUCCUACCGGGUGACGCGGCCCAAGGACGUCUCCGACAUGUGCUGGGGCAGAGGCCCCUGCCCCAAUUCAAAGUGCAAGAACAAAAUCCUGCACACCAGUGGCAGCAAGGUGACGUUCAGAGCAUCUUGGAGGUACAACCUGGGCAGGAACGUCGCUGCUGGAGAUGUGUCCCUGACGAUUGGCGCGGCCAAGGCGGAGGAUGCGGGCGUGUACUGCUGCCGGGUGGAGAUCCCCGGCCUCUUCAACGACAUCAAGAGGAACAUACGGCUGGAGGUGGCCAGAGCCCCUCCAGUGACCACCACCACCACCACCACCACCACCACCACCCAAGCUCCUGUUUUCUCCAAACAUUUUACAGAAACAACUUUUGCUCCUCAAGCAACCUCUGAUCUCCAGCCAACACCAGAGAUUACUGUCCUGCUGACAACCAGCACCCUUCCACCAGCAACCACAGCCCCCGAGUCUCCAGCAGUAACUACAUGGGAGACUUUUGCUCCCUCAGCAAUUGCUGGGACAGAAAAUGAUAUUUUUCCUGUGACUAUGGUGGAAAUGAGUGCUCUCCCAGAUUUUCCAACCACUUCCCAAGCAGGUGAUGUGACAACUGAAGAUGACAUGUUCUGCUCCACACUCCCUGGAAGCACAGAGGUGACUACUGAAUUCCCAGGUACAUUUCCAAGUGCAGAGGAAGCCAGCACCUCUGUCCUGAUGGAAGAGAUGCCAGUCAUGGAGGUUUCAACAAAUUCAGAUGGCAAUGCUGGGAAAUAUGACGAUAGAGGAGAUACGGUAAAACUUCCUUUUCCCAGCUCUGCCAUUCUCAUUGCCUCUGUCAUAGCGGGGUCAGUCCUCUUCAUACUGAUGGUCUCCUUGGUUUGGAAACGUAAACAUACAAAGAAGUUUAUAGUAAAAAGUGCUGGACCACCAGAAGAGACUGACAAAGUUUUCAGUGGUGCUGAAGGAGAGAACAACAUUUUUUCCCUGUGAAGAGCUCCUACAUCAUCUGCAGGUGCCAUGGGAAAUAAACAGGGCCUGUUCCAUGCUGCACUGAGAGAUCCUUGUGAGCCCUCAAAAUAUCAGCAGGUAUAAAACAAAGGCCAAAGCUUCAACUAUGAAAAUUUAAAAUCUUUGUGCAAAUUUUCCCAUAUCACCCUUAAAACUCACUGCAUAAAGAAGCUUAUUUGAGAAGGGACUUUAUGCAUUAUUCAUGGAUGCUUCUGGCAUCUGCCUUCCUACUAGCAUCGUAUUGCACAAUUGAAUUUGUUUUUCUCCAUUUUUACUAAUGCUCUUCCUUGAAUACAACUUGUACUCUGAGGAACAGAAGAGAUCACAUGGAAGGCUGCCUAUCUUCAAAUUGCCAUAAAGAAAGAAAAGGAAUCAUAAAGUACAGUUUUUAAUGCUUUUAUGUAAUCAAUAGGAAAAUUAAGCAACAAGAAUGCUGUGAGUUUAAAACAAAAAUGCAGAUUACUUAAGGGGUAUCACUACUGCCUGUGAUUCAGCAUGUUUGAAUAACCCUUGGAGAAUAUGUAAAUAAACUCUGUAAUUUGUUGCUGGCAA